AUGUUGUUUCUAAGUUUGAGCCUAUACUUGUUGGUUGCGCAUUCUGUAUCGUCAUUGAAACUUAGAGCUUCCAAUGAGUAUUCCUUUGAACAGUAUGUGAAGGAUUUCGACAAGGAGUAUUCCUCUGACGAAGAGUACAAGCAACGGGAAGGAGUUUUUCUGCAAAAUCUAGCGCAUAUCUUGGACCACAACUCGAAUCGUGAUUCCUCCCAGCACUACAAGGACAUUAAUCAUUUUUCCGACAAGUUGGAUAAUGAGCUUCCACUUGGAUAUGACAAGUCCUCGCACCCGGCAUGGUCUUCUGACACAGCCGUGGAACGAAGAACAUUGUCAACCUUUGAGGCAGUAGACCUAAAGAAGCUUCCCAAAAGUGUCGAUUGGCGAACCAAUGGACGUGUUACAACUGCAGUCAAGAAUCAACUUCACUGUGGUAGCUGCUGGGCGUUUGCUACAACAGCAUGUAUGGAAUCUCACGUCGCUAUUCAAACAGGGAAGCUGUUCACCUUGAGCGUACAGGAAUUGGUGUCUUGCAUGCCGAACCCCAAUCAAUGCGGGGGAACAGGCGGAUGUGCUGGAGCAACCGCUGAACUAGGUUUUGAUUUCAUUGCCAAGCAUGGUAUGGUGGAUGAAUGGUCGUUUGGCUACCAAAGUGGGCACGGAGAACAAGUGAACUGUACGAUUAUGGAUGACCACGACUCAAAGGAGCAUCAUAUUCGCGGUGAAAAGUCUACCAAAAUCAAAGGAUCGGUUGCAUCAGUCGUUGGUUUCUCCAACUUACCCACAAAUAAAUAUGAUUCCUUGUUGGCGGCUGUUGCUCUGGUUGGACCAGUCGCCAUUAGUGUUUCAGCCACUGGUUGGGGUCUCUACCAUGGUGGAAUCUAUGACGAUAGUACCAGUAAGAAUCGUGAUAUCAAUCAUGCAGUCGUAUUGGAAGGAUAUGGAACUGACGAAGAAACUGGGCAAGAUUACUGGCUGGUUCGAAACAGCUGGGGCCCAAUGUGGGGCGAGGACGGUUACAUUCGUCUCAAGCGAACUGACCCUUCAUUUCUCGAUGAUCCUGCAUCCGAUUGCAAGAUGGAUGUGACACCCACAGAUGGUGUUGCGUGUACCAAGGAUGACAGUGGUAAUGAUAUUGUCCCAAAAGCAGUUUCUGUUUGUGGAACUUCCGGGAUUCUUUUUGACACUGUCGUUCCCAUUGGUGCCCAUUUGGCUUGA